AUGGGCAUGGCUCAGUGUAACGCGGCGCCACUGCGAGCGCCAGAUCAGACUUCAUUCCCCGCAAGCGCCAUGAGCAGUGAGAGCGGAACACCAGAGGAACUUGGCGAUGGCACCCAAGAAGGGAAACUCCAAAUUCAAAAAGUCCUGGUGACCUCUCCCCAGCCUGAUGUGGGUGUCCAUAUGGCGAGCGGCGACCAGGAGGUUAAGGCACUGACCAUGCCAGCGGAUGAGGUUUUAAGAAGCGUGGUCAACGCUCUCACUUCCAACCCUUCAUCGUCUUCCGUAACCGAGGACGAAGCCAGCGACACGGAGGGCGAAGCGCUGCUGGACGACUCUUUGGAGAGUCCGGCCAUGCUGAACGAGAACAACACCUUUGAGGUCCAGCCCCCCGCAAAGCGUUCCCUCUCGACCGUCGAAGAAGCGGAGGAGUGCGAGACGACGGUUCUGACCGACGACGCCACCCCGCCUUCAGCUACCUCGCUGGCGUCCUACGGCUUUGACUCGGCGACCACGGCCUCCAACGCUCAGUCCGCAGGCGAGGGCUGCAUCAAGAGCCCGGGCAUCUUCUCCCUGGAGGAGCUUCCGGAGGAAUCCAAGGGUCUCUGUGAUCACGCCCAGUCCGGCCUCACAGAGCAGCAAUACAUCGAGUGCGGUAAACAGGAAGUAGGUUCGACGGAGGAAGUGCAGGGGUCAGAGGAAGCGCAGGGUCUGAACGCUUUGCAGCCGUCUGAGAAGCCGGAAGAUGUCCACCCUCCGUACUAUUCUGCCAUCUGUGAAAAGACUGACAACUCUUUUGCAGGCCUCACCUCGCCACCUCAUCAUUGGCCCCGCCCCGGUGACCCUCACUGCGUGCCGCCACGGCUGACCUGCGCGGACCUGCCGCCCCGGAAGGCUGGCCAGCAAGCGCUCAGCCCCCAGCUGCGCCGGCUGGAGCAGCACCAGAGGCAGCUGAUGGAGAUGCAGCAGCGGCGGGAGCAGCAGAGCAGACCCCUGGAGGGGGCCGAGCAGGAGAGGAAGAGGACUGAGGAGGAGGAACAGAGGAAAAAGAAGGACGAGGCAGAGGAGGAGCUCAAGAGGAACGAGCGGGAGGCGUGGGGAGAACCAGAGGAGGGUAACAUGGUUGACCAGGAGGGAAAAACUGCUGUCAAGAUGGCUGUCGGGGACAGCAAACCUGUUACUGAAGGGAAACUGGUCAAUGGAGAGGCAAAAAUGGCUGCUGAAGAGGAAACCAAGAGGUGUGAGCUGGAGUUGCAGCUGCAGCAGCAACAGUCUGAGCUGAAGCAGAGGCAGCAGAUCCUGCAGUGGCAGCAAGAACUGGAGGAGCAGCCGUCCCCCGGUCGCACCGUGGUCCUGUCCCCCUCGUCGGGCCUGUGUACCAUCUACGAAGUUCUGGAGAACAGCGACGACGAGCCGGACGGCCAGGACCGACUCCGCCGUCUGGCUCGCGACUCUUGUGAGAGGAGGGUGACUGCGGACUUAAAAGACCCAAACAAAAGCCCCAGCAACGGGGACCGCUCCUCCCCCGAGCGCCCGGCCCCCUUGGACCUGGGGUGGGGUGCCAAAGUGGACAUGGUGCAGCAGCUCAUCAAUCAGACAUUGCUGCUCAACGGAGACGGCCGCUCCUCUCUGCUGCUGCUUCCGGGCGGCGCGGGCGGGACUCUGAGUCCCCUGGAGAGCAGCCUGUGGCCCAGCCUCCUGCCUCCCAUUAGCCCUCCCUCGGCCACUGUCACCUCUGUGAGCAGCUUCUCCCCGGAGGCCGCCGGAAGCUCCCCCCAGGGGGAGUGGACCGUAGUGGAGCUGGAAACGCAUCACUAGUAUGCAGGCCACUAAUACCCCUUUCACACACAGCUGGUACCAGUUCUGGUUCAGUACCGGCUCUUCCAUCCAACCGUUUUCUAUUGUGAUUGUGCUCAUUAGGGCGAGGUGGAGAUCAUUCAAGAUGGUUUUAGGCGAGAGGUGAGGGGAAACGACCGCUUGCACCUUUUGGACAAUUUAGUACGGAAAGCUGUUUUGAGCAUUUAGUUGAUAUUGAUACCUAGCUCAAGGUCCAUGCACUAGUAUGCUCUUUACCCUCACGAGUUGGUCAACUUUGGCAAACAGUGACCCCCUGGAGAUUCACAGUUCAGCAUUUGCCUAUUAGCAGAUCGGGGGGUGGGGGGGCUGUUUUUGUGCUCAGCCCAAAGCCAUGUCUAAUAUAAAGAAUUAGGGAUUGGUAAGUACAGAUACCGACCUUGUUUCAAGGGUUCAUGAAUUCGUGAAGGCUACUGAAACCAGGCACUGAUAUUUAAGGCAAAAAAAUAAAAUAAAAUCUGACACCAAGUCCUCCUUGCCAGUACACUCCGGCGGUUUGCACAUCAGCGAAUCAUGUGCGUCAGUCAGAAAGAGAGGUGUAAAUUUUAAGUAUCAAAAGUACUCGUGGUAUUAUUGAGUACUGAAGAGCGACUGCUCGUACUGUUAACGAUCAUCCCUAAUAAAAUAAAAUAAAAAUAUAUAUUGUACUUUGGCCCCAAAGUAAUGUUAAAGUGAAGGGAGGAGCUUCAUUUAGUCCGGCCAUACCCUCGGCCAAUUUAAAAAAAAAAUAAAAAAAGAGCUUUGCUGUCAUCUUGUGACAUCUGAAACUCAAUUAUGAAACUUUUUGGAUGGAUGUGAAUUACUCAGAUUUUCGUUAUUCACGGCUGGCCUUGGUCCCAAUCUUUUGCAAACAUUUUGGAGGAACACUGCUAUAAGGACAGCUGCAUGUUACUGGUGAGGCAAAAUGCUCCAUGAGUUAACAUCUGUGAGCUACUAGAAGUGAAGCACUAGAUGCUAACUAGUGCAAUUUUGCCUCACUAGUAUCUUGUAGUAGUGAGGACAAAGAGCAUACUAGCACAUGGAACUUAAUGUAGAUAUCAAGGCGAGCGACUCAAUGCCCAAACGGCUUUCAAUAAUUUAGUCUUCAUUGAACCUAGCGUGCGUAUUUUGGGAAUGUGAGAGGAAGCUGGAGUACCCGGAAGAAAACCCAAGAGGUUCAAACCCAAAACCGGGGUUGCUUCGCUGUCAUGAAGCCAAACUUGUGUGCGGAAUUUGGAAGCGAGCGCUGGCCCAGCUCGGCGUGAAAGGGGGUGUACAGUGGGAGACCGUAAACACGGUGCUGAUGGUUCAAUACGCUUGGUAAGCUAAGAAACCGGAAACAUGCACACCGUCCAAAAAGAACAGACACUCGGCGCCCACAACAAUAGGUACACCUGCACAAUCUGAGGCUGUAAGGGAUUGAUGGUAUUUCCAUUCAUUUCAAUGGGGGAAGUGUUUUGAGUUGCAAGCCUGGCCACGGAACAAAUUAAGCUCGUAUCUCAAGGCACCACUGUAUAUUUUUACAGAAGCAUUAAAUAAAAAGCCAAUCGCAUGAAAUCACACGUAAUGGCGGUUGAAAUGCCGAAGGGGUUACCUUUUGGAAAGGACAGUUUGAUCCAGAUAUUAAGUCUCGCGAUCAUGUGUACAUCAUGUUGUGAUUGCUGAAUGUAGAUUUAACAUCAAAACAGUUUAAUAUUCUUAUACCAGGUAAAAUGUCAAGAAGAAGAAAAAAUCCCUUUAUGCCAAACAUCUGAGCCACGGAUGCACAUAAGAUUCUAUUUUAAAAUUCUUACUGUAGUGUUUGGAGGAAACAACUACACUGGAAAUGACUGUCCCGUCAACUACUGUAUUUUGAAUGCACCUAGCUUAAGGGGCUUUUUUUGUUGUUGUUUUUGUUUUGCUUUGCCUUUUGUCCACCAAAGGUCGGUACGAUGUGUACGCGUUUCCAAUUGAAACAUUUCAGUCGGGCAGAUGGUUUACUUGAUUUUUGUAUUUGUCCACAUGUAUGAAAACCCAAUUCUUUUUAUUUGAGAUGCAGCUUAAGGUUUGUGCUUGUCCACUGUCCUCAGUCGUAAGAACCCAACCCGCCCCAAAAACUACGUUACGCCUAUUACACACGACGAGGGCACAGCUACACGUAAAGCGGGACAUAUCUGUAACGUACACACGUUCAUAAUCACAGGUAUAUGAAAUAUCUGCACACGAGAAGGACAACUUUGUCAUCACUAGUACAACUGGGGAUGUGUGAAUACCGGUAACAGCCUUAUUUUAAGGUAUCGGGUACUUGUCAAGGAUGCCAAUACCAGCCACCGAUAACAAUAAUCGACAAAGUUGUUUCCAUUAGUAGUAGUUUGUAGUUUUCUGCAAAAUGGAUGACUUUGCAGGCCUUUUCCUUAAUUUUCCUCAUUGAGUAAUGCAACAAAUUUGGCAUUUAAUUAUUUAAUUAGACAAAGGUCUUGAAGCGACCCUGAAAAGAGAAUAUUCUGAGAAUAAAAUCACCAUUUUGAGAAAGCAAAGCUGUAAUGGGAGGGAGAAAAAAGUGAUCCAGUUUUGACAUAAAGCAAGACUGGCUGAUUUGUACAAUUUCACAGUCGUGAUAUUAUGACAAUGAAGCCGCAAAAUGAGGGGGAAUUGUAACAAUUGUGAAUCUUACAAGAAUAAAUACACGAGAAAAAUGUUUCUAAGAACAGUCAUGAAAUCAGGGGGGAACAAAUCUUAAUUUUCUUUUUUUUAACUUUACAAGAAUUCCGAAUAUGAAAAGUAUUUAAAAAUACUUAUUGUACAAUGUAAUAUGAGGAAAAAGUUUUUCUUUGAGAACAAAGUACUAAGUUAAAGGGAAAAUAUUCCAUUUUCUAAAAGUCAAAACGAGGCGGUGUUCAUAGUCACAUUUAUAUAAAGUUGUAAUUUUACAACUACAUGUUUAUGAGAAUAAAUGCACAUUAAAAGGAGGAAAUGUUGUUUUUUAAAAAAAAUAAAAUAAAAAUGUUAGAACAGUCGUAAAAUGAGUGGGACAGUCAUACUGCACGGCUUUUUUCUUACUAGUUUUCAUAAAAUGACAAAAUUUGUUGAGGUACUAGGUUGGAGAAAAGUAAAUAUUUUGAGAAUCAAGUACUUUUGUGAGGAGUAGUUGUAAUAGUGUGAGGUAAGUCUGAAUUUUGAGAAUUCAUCGGUGUACACUAAAUUGUACUUUUGUGAGUAAAAGUGUAUUGGAAAAAGAAUCUGACUUCAAGGGAAAAAAAUACUUUUUUCCCCCCUAAUGGUUCUUUGCAAAAUUAGGCUUGUUGGGCUUUGAUGUGCUGUGUGUCAUAGUUGUUUCCCCAUUUGUUACCUUCCCUAAUGUAGGACGACCGUCAAGAGGACCUUAAAAUGGAAACUUAAAUUACAGUUCCAUCAGUAACGGUCAUAGAAUAAUGGGAUACAAUAGAAACCAGUUGCUGGCGCAGAUGUUAUCACUUUUAUGAAUGUAAAACUUUUUGUUCUGAUUGUAGAUGAGUUCUAAAUGUAUUUUUCUGAAAUGAAAUCCAAUGAAUGAUGUCAGAUGUUGAUAUUGUCAGUUGCUGCAGGUAAAUUUUCUUUCUUUAAAAGGCCACACUGGAUUUUAUGUGCACCCACUUGCUGAAUAAGAAGGAUCCCAUGAUGGGCUUUUAAUUUAUUGACUGUGAAGUAAGGUUGUACAUUUUAAGUGGAAUAUUUCGACAGAAGUGCUGCAUGGUUUUUUGUUUUUUUUUCUCUCUCCCAAGGGCGUAAAUCUGUGUGUGAUUACUUGAA